AUGAAUGAAACGCCGCGACUGCGGUCGGCCUUCCCUACCACCCCUAGGACCGAACCUCGACUGCGGACAUUCAACAACAAUGGUCCUCCGACUUUUGGGUCGCCCCAAAGCCCCCCUUCCCACAAACCCUCUCCGAUAACAAGGCCUGUCCGCGUCCCUGUCGAUGCUGCGUCUAGGUACAGCAGCACACCGGUGAUACCGACCGAGAUUGUCGACGUUCCCUCCCAGCGGUUCUAUGUCUUCGCCUUUUAUGUCGGGCUGACCGCGUGGAGACUGUACAACUCAUACAAUGUUGAAAAUGACCUCGACUCGACCUGGCUGUUCCUUAAGUGGGUGGGCAUCGACGCUGCUUUUUUUGUGGCUUUGCCCACCUUCAGGAUACCCUGGCUGCGAUGGUCUUUUGCCACAACAUUCACAUUUUGGCUGCUGCACGCAAUAGCCAACGCCUUCUUGAUGUACAAGAUUCCCAUCCCACUACUGUCUUGGCUGGGGGCUCUUGUCAAGGUGGCCUACGACCGGGAGCUCUCAAUUUCAGAACACCGGGUCAAACCUGCCAAAAUCCUGCACAAUUCAUCCAUCAUUCUGGGAAAGCAGAUCAUCCAUAUUCUGCCAGAGGGAUCUGCAAUCCUGAACCCAGAGAAAGAGGCCUUUUGUCUUGACACGUCGAUCCCUUCGGUCGACCUGCAGAUUCAAAUCAAUCAAACGAUUCCCAUUUCCAUCGAACUGCAACGAUUUGACCUCGACACAGAUGAAGUCGAAUCGAUUGUUAUCGGUAGCAAGCAGGCCAAACAACUGCUGAGAAAAGCGAAUGAAGCCGCCUCGACAUCCGACCCAAACACAUCUCGAGUUCUACGAUAUGCCGUAUCCAAGAAAGGACUGUAUCAGCUGACAAGAGUCAUUGACACGACGAAACUGGAAGUGCGGAAGCGAAGUUUCGAUGUUGCUGUCGUGCAAUGUCCGAGGGCUUCCAUCUCGACCGGGACUGUGGACAGAUGCACCGGAGAGCUGAGCAACGUGUCAUUGCAAGUCGCAGGUGUUCCCCCUUUCAAGGUGAAAUACAGCAAGAUGGUCAAUCGCAAACAAUUCAGUUCAAUUGUCCAAAAUGUUCAGCCACGCCCCGACUCUGGUUAUGUGUCUCCAGACGAGGCUUCUGAAGCCGUGGUCGAUCCUAGGAAACCCCACGUGGGUUGGACGAAAUCGACCACCGAGUCUUUCGAGAUCAAUGAAGCUCUUCAUCAAAAUGGAAGCCAUUCGUACACGAUUGAGGAGGUGGAGGACGGACUGGGCAAUAAGGUCGUGUAUGAUGCGGACAACCCGAAAGAUCCCCGCCCUCCCCAAGUGCAGAGUCUCACCGUACACAACCGACCUCAGGUCCGUCUGGUCGGCUGCGGUUCGGACCGAUUGAUCGCAGUUCCCAGAGAGAGCUCAAUAAAUCUGCCUGUUCGCGUUGGACCCGCUGACAGACUGCCUCCCUCUGACUGGCCUUUGAAACUCAAGUACACGUUCACCCCCGAAGCGGAAGGAGAAGUUCCUCAGGCGGAAGAACAUGUCCAUGAGAUGACCAACGACCGGACUGGACCGCGGAUUAGUACAGCAGGGCGGUACACCAUCGACUCAAUUGACAGCCAAUACUGUCAUGGAGAGGUGAUGGAGCCGUCAUCUUGCUCCCUGUUCAACCCUCCCGAGCCUAGCCUGACGAUUGAAACGGAGGACAUUUUCGAUAAAUGUGCUGGCAACCCUAUCGGCAUGUACGUCAAUUUGGAUUUCACCGGAACCCCACCCUUCAAGGUCAGGUAUACAGUCACACACCAAGGCAAAGCUCGUCCUAAAGUGCAAGACUUCUCAGGGAUGCGAGGGCAGAUCGAGCUACGCGAGAGAUCAGCUGGCUCUUACGUCUACAACAUCCUUGAGAUCGAAGACGCCGUCUACGGCCCGGUUUCUCUGAAGGCUAAGAACCUCGUCCUGAAACAAGACAUCAAACCGCCUGCAUCCGCGGUGUUUGUUGGAAGCAACCUUUCUGAAAAGUCAUGUCUUGGCCAGCCUGUUACUAUGGAAGUUGGACUCCUGGGUCAAGGACCCUGGGAUCUGGACUACGAAGUAGUUCAUGGCGGGAAAAGAAAGAAGCAUAGCGUCUCCUCUGAAGAAGAGCUCUUCCAAAUCGAACUACCCGGAGCGUCUGAGGGGGGAACAUAUUCGGUCGUUUUGACCGGUGUCCAAGACAGCACGCGCUGCCGUACCAGGCUGAAAGAAGAACGACAGAUCGAGGUGAGACCAGAACAGCCGCAAGCCGCUUUUGGCGACAUUGAAGGAAAGCGAAGCAUCCUGGCAUUGGACGGCAAGUCCAUCAAGUUGCCGUUACGGCUGAAGGGGAUUGCGCCGUGGCUUGUGACACUAAAAAAUCUGGACGAUGGAUAUCCUACGUUUGGCAAAGUGUUUAGAGAUGCGAACUCGGUUCUCACCGUCGAGCGACCUGGGACGUAUCAGAUCCAGUCGGUACAGGACACUUGUCCAGGAUUGGUCGACCCCAAGGCAGACACAUUCCAAGUCAGUUGGAUUCCCCGUCCGACACUAUCUAUCAAAGAUACAACGGUGGAGACAGUGAGUAGGAACGAGGUCCGGAAACCCGCCGUGUGUCAAGGUGACGAGUCGGCGCUGGCCCUGGACUUGAGCGGCACUCCCCCAUUCCACUUGAAGUACCAACAAAAGUUCGAUCCUCUGAAAGGACCUUCUGCGAUCAGCAAUAAGCCAGCCAGCUUUGCAGGAAGCAGUGCUCUGAUCAAUCUUGACGCCUCCAAAGCCGGAGAGUACACCUACGUGUUCACCGAACUUGCCGAUGACCGGUACGCUCACGACAAGCAGCGAUUUGCUCCCACGGUUGUCCGGCAGCAGGUGUACGCACUGCCUGCUGCCAAGUUCACUCAAUCAGGAAAGACAUACGGCUACUGCAAGGAUGACCCGAGUCUCACCUCCAGCGUUGAAGAAGAGACUGAAAACAUCCCCAUCACCUUUACCGGCACUCCGCCGUUCAGUGUUGAGAUUGCGGUCACUCACCACGGCGUCUCAGCACGCCCAGAGGUCUUCCGCCACAAGGAUAUCUACACGACCACCUACUCAUGGCCCUUGUCUCGAGCUUCACUAGAGCUGGGCACACACAGCAUUUCGAUCCGGUCUGUCAAGGAUGGCCGAGGCUGUGAGAGCAUUCUUGAAUCGGAUCCAUCGUCCGUGCGUGUGUACGUAUCUUCGCCGCCGACCAUCAUCCCGUUGGAAGCCCAGGAGGACUACUGUGUCGGCGAGCACGUCUCGUUUUCUCUGAGCGGACAGGCCCCUUUCGACGUAUACUACACCUUCCAACAGCGUGAACGCAAAGCACGUGUCACAGGUAGCGAAUUCAGACGUCUUGCCGAGUCGCCCGGCGAAUUCACCAUUACUGGCGUUAGCGACAAUGCAAUGGGCAAUGGCAAAUGCCGUGCCCGGAAAGAAAUCAAAAAGACUAUUCAUCCCUACCCGACAGUCGAGAUGGGCCGCGGCAAGACGCUUAUCAGCGAUAUUCACGAAGGCGGAGAGGUUGAUAUUCUGUUUUCUUUCACUGGCACACCGCCUUUUGAAUUCACAUACACCCGUGCUGAGACCGUCAAGAAAGGUCGCAGCCAACCCCGGAUUCUCGAAACCCGCCACGACACGUCCACCGAGUUCAGCAAAAUGAUCCGCGCGAGCGACGAAGGUAUCUACGAAGUGGUGUCUAUCAAGGACCGAUUUUGCUCGUACACCAAGCCCAGUCAUAAAACCGGCCAGGCUGGAGCGGGCGGCCAGAGACUUUUGACUUGGUGA